AUGGUCGUCAAUCAUCAUCCCGCGACUCAGUGUGCGGCGUAUGUCCAGAAGACGCCUCUGACACAAUGUUGCACCUGUGAAGCUUGGCUUUGCGAUCAUGUCCCCAUCGAGAACCGAUAUCGUUCUGCGGAGUUAUGGAACGUUGUGGGCAAUUUCCCGGACGUCGAUGGCCCUUCCUCCAAUGUCAACGAGAUCCCCUUUUCCGACGACGCCAUCAACAAUGCAUACACGCCCAGUUUCAUGUCCUCUCCUUCCACCAAUUCCGACACCGACACCUUUCCCGUGUUAAGCACUGAGGCGCCUAUUUUCUCCCCGGCGUCUAUCAGUGGCGCACCAUCCGGUAUCCAAUCGGAUAUCACCCAGACCCAAGCUUACGCCUCCGACCAUCACUCUGUUCAAUAUCCGGACCAUCUCGUCAACUCCUAUGCUCCUCAGCCAGACGGCGACGCGGUAGAUGAGAAUUUAUAUUACCACGGCGAUCCGAACGUGAUGUACGGCGCGGCGCCUGACGCCUGGUCGGGCUCAUACGCUUAA